AUGUCGGUGGUUUCCCUGUUGGGCGUCAAAGUCCUGAACAAUCCUGCGCCAUUCACCGCACCCUAUGAAUUUGAAAUUACGUUCGAAUGUCUUGAGCAACUUCGUGAAGACCUAGAGUGGAAACUCACCUAUGUCGGCUCUGCUACGUCCGCAGAACACGAUCAAGAGCUUGACUCUCUCCUUGUGGGACCCAUUCCUAUCGGAGUCAACAAAUUUAUCUUCGAAGCUGAUCCUCCGAACCUAUCUCGCCUGCCACCAUCUGAAAUCCUCGGCGUGACAGUGAUCCUCCUGACCUGCUCCUAUGAUGGAAGAGAGUUCGUGCGCGUCGGUUACUACGUCAACAACGAAUACGAUGACGAGAUAUUGAAUGCCGAUCCACCUGCUAAGCCGGUGAUUGAAAAGAUCCGCCGCAAUGUGCUUGCAGAAAAACCCAGGGUCACCAGAUUCGCGAUCAAGUGGGACUCUGAAGAAUCUGCUCCAGCCGAGUAUCCUCCCGAGCAGCCUGAAGCUGACACGCUUGACGACGAUGGAGCCAACUAUGGUGCAGAAGAAGCAGAGCUGCAAGCAGCUCUAGAGAAAGAACUGGAAGAGACCGAAGCAAAGAUGGCUCGAGAAGACACGACGAAUGCGGACCAAGAAAUGACAGACAGUCACAAAGUCAAAGACGAGGAGGAAGAAGCCAGCGAGGCUGAAAGUGAAGAUCUUGAGGAGGAAAGCAGUGAGAGCGAAGACGACGAAGAAGAUGAGGAGGGUGCAGAAGGUGAAGAUGCGGAGAUGGGUGAGGGCGAUGAGAAACCCACUGCUGCCUCCAACACGACUUCGGCACAAGCGAAUGGCGAAAGUAAAGUGACAGAGGCCAAACCGGAGGUCAUGGUUCAUUAG